AUGUCCGGGGAUUCUGCGCUCGCGGAGAACAUCGGGAGAGCUGUACUAGCAGCCAUCAGAACUCUUCCUCCCUCUGCAGCUUCAUCGGUGGCUGUGGCAGCGUCCGCCACAAGGCCACCACAGCACUCGGUAAGUUUGCUUUACAACUAUUAGCUCUACUUAACUACUACUUGCUAGCAUUAGCCUCAUCAAGAUUUCCCUUCAGUAAAGUUUUCGUUUGUUUGUAUGCUUUAACUGCAAUUUUCUGCAAUGAAAUUGCAAAACGGUGAGGAAUUUUUAAAAAAAUCUGUUAAUGCAACACCCUGUUCCCACUAUGCAAAUGAACAGAGUCAUUUCUAUUGACUUCCUCUGACAUUCUGUAAAGUAAUGACUGGAAACAUGCAUCCAUCAUGCAAGGCCAACAUAUUUCCCUCAGAUAUUGAUAUGAAGACUCUGGCCGAACGUGUGUUCAAUAAUGCGAUUGCACAAUCACGUUUUACUGGAGGGACUGAUCAGGGCACAUCAUGCAUAGCACAUUUGUUUAGCGUUUGAUUACUGGAUGUAAUGACAUCAGAACACAAAAGAAAAUGCUGCUAACAUCUGCUAAAUGUCUCUUCAGGCCCCUGCCACACCUGGACCAGUCACAAACAGCACCUCCACCGGGACAAACCGCUCGGUAUGCACUUAUGACAUAGUGGUUUAUGCUUCUAUCCUAAUGUCGCCAGUUAUCGAUCAGUAGUAUAGAGAGCCUGUAGUUGCUCAAAGACACUGUCAGUAGGUCUCCAUCUACUGUUUGCAUCAACUUUAAAAACGUAUCGAUGUCAUGUAAUUUAUGUGUUUCAUUUAUUUCAGUGACAAUAUAAUGAAAAUAUAAUUACACAUCUUUAAAAUGCAGUAUUGGCUGAUUGGUGCAAUUUUGUGACCUGAUUAUGUAAUGAAAUAUCAACUUUCUUCUCAGUUUUGACCAAAAUAAAUCACUUCUAUAACAGAAUAACAAACCAUUAGAGCUUGUGUUUUACAAUCUCAUAUUGCUGAUUUUAUUUAUUACCCAGCAAAGUUGAUGGUGAUGCCAAGGGAUCUGACGAUACAAGUAUAUUGAUUGUAACUAUUUUGUGUCCUUUCCUUUUUGUAGGAUGGACAACCGUCAAUCUCAAAAGAAGAAAUUGAAGGUCUGCUGCAGCUGGGAACAACACUCACUGAAGUUGCCUCAGUGCUACAGAUCUCCAGACCAACAUUGUACAAGUUGAUGCGUGAAUUUAACAUAAGGCACACCAAAUUCUGUGUAAUUUCCAAUGAGGAAUUGGAUGCAACAGUAAGCAACAUAAAAGCAGAACAUCCUUAUAUAGGAGAAGUUAUGCUGAAUGGACAUUUGCGGGCGAGAAACAUAGUGAUUCAGAGACAUCUUCUCAGAAACUCCAUAAAAAGGGUUGAUGGUGCUGGUGUUGCGUCAAGAAGUACAACAACAAUUCAAAGAAGAGUGUACACCGUGCCUUGUCCAAACUAUAUAUGGCACAUUGAUGGAAAUCAUAAAUUAAUUCGAUGGAAAUUGGUUGUACACGGUGCAAUGGAUGGCUACAGCAGAAUGUUGACAUUCCUCCAGUGUGCCAACAACAACAGGGCUGAGACUGUCAUGGACCUCUUCGGUACAGCUAUCAGUGAAUUUGGCCGGCCAAUUCACAUCAGAACUGAUCAUGGAGGGGAAAAUGUCAAGAUUUGGGAUGACAUGAGGGUGCAUAGAGGUGAUAAUUCUGUUUUUACAGGAAGUUCUGUUCAUAAUCAACGAAUUGAGAGAUUCAACCGUGAUUUGAACAGAAACUGCCGUGAUGUGUUUGCACCAAUAUUCUAUGAGCUAGAGAGCAUGGAGGCCUUGGAUGUAGACAAUGAAUCUGAUUUGUUUUGUCUUCAUUUUGUGUACAUUCCAAGGAUCAAUCACAUCUUACAAGGGUUUAAAUCUGCAUUCAGUCAUCAUUCAGUCUCCUCUGAGGGGAACAGAACCCCCCUUCAGCUUUUCACACUCGACAAACAUCUUCUCACACUACACUAUCCUGAGGCUGCAACUGAGGAAACAGUGGAAUUUUUAUCAGUAUCUCAAGCACAUUACUGCUUUUGCCCACUCAACCAGCAGGAGCUGCAAGAAUUGGUGGUUGCUGUUGACCCUCUUGAAGAUGAUGGUAACAAGGGGAAAAUAUUGUAUCAUAGAGUACAGGAAUUCGUAUAUAACAAAAUUGUGAAUGUCUAA